AUGGACGCAAAGCCAAUGCGCAGGGCCACCAGCGCACGCCAAGACGCCACUGGAAUGGACAUCACCAGCCGCUGUACUCUGGGGGACCCCAACAAGCUCCCUGAAGGGGUCCCCCAGCCCGCGCGCAUGCCCUAUGUCUCAGACAAACACCCACGACAGACUCUGGAGGUGAUCAACCUGCUGCGGAAGCACCGCGAGCUCUGCGACGUGGUGCUGGUGGUGGGCGCCAAGAAGAUCUACGCCCAUCGGGUCAUUCUGUCGGCCUGCAGCCCCUACUUCAGGGCAAUGUUUACGGGAGAGCUGGCAGAGAGCAGACAAACUGAAGUUGUAAUCCGUGACAUCGAUGAGAGGGCCAUGGAGCUCCUCAUCGACUUUGCCUACACCUCACAGGUGACGGUGGAGGAGGGGAAUGUUCAAACGCUGCUCCCCGCCGCUUGCCUCCUUCAGCUGGCCGAGAUCCAGGAGGCGUGCUGCGAGUUCCUCAAGAGGCAGCUGGAUCCCUCCAACUGUCUGGGCAUCAGGGCCUUUGCAGACACACACUCCUGUCGCGAGCUGCUCCGCAUCGCUGACAAGUUCACUCAGCACAACUUCCAGGAGGUAAUGGAGAGCGAAGAGUUCAUGCUCCUUCCUGCCAAUCAGCUGAUUGACAUCAUCUCCAGUGAUGAGCUCAAUGUGCGAAGUGAGGAGCAGGUUUUCAACGCGGUGAUGGCGUGGGUCAAGUACAGCAUCCAGGAGCGCAGGCCGCAGCUGCCACAGGUCCUACAACAUGUCAGACUUCCCUUACUAAGUCCAAAGUUUUUGGUUGGCACAGUCGGCUCAGACCCCCUUAUAAAGAGUGAUGAGGAGUGCAGAGAUUUGGUUGAUGAAGCCAAAAACUACCUGUUGCUGCCCCAGGAGAGACCACUGAUGCAGGGACCCAGAACUCGACCGAGGAAACCCAUACGCUGCGGAGAAGUACUGUUUGCAGUCGGCGGCUGGUGCAGUGGAGAUGCCAUUUCCAGCGUGGAGCGAUACGACCCUCAGACAAACGAGUGGAGGAUGGUGGCCUCCAUGAGUAAACGCAGGUGUGGAGUGGGGGUCAGUGUCCUGGACGACCUACUGUACGCGGUUGGGGGUCAUGACGGAUCAUCGUACCUCAACUCUGUGGAGAGAUAUGAUCCCAAGACCAAUCAGUGGAGCAGUGACGUGGCCCCCACCAGCACCUGUCGCACCAGUGUGGGCGUGGCUGUGCUGGGAGGCUACCUGUACGCAGUCGGCGGACAAGAUGGAGUGUCCUGUUUGAACAUAGUAGAAAGGUAUGACCCAAAGGAAAACAAAUGGACCCGCGUAGCCUCCAUGAGCACCAGGCGACUGGGCGUGGCAGUGGCGGUUCUGGGAGGAUUUCUAUACGCAGUGGGGGGGUCGGAUGGAACGUCACCACUGAAUACUGUCGAGCGCUACAACCCCCAAGAGAACCGCUGGCACACGGUUUCUCCAAUGGGCACGAGGAGGAAGCACCUGGGCUGUGCGGUGUACCAGGACAUGAUCUACUCUGUGGGAGGCAGAGACGACACCACGGAGCUGAGCAGCGCGGAACGCUACAACCCCAGGACCAACCAGUGGUCUCCGGUGGUCGCCAUGACGUCCAGGAGAAGCGGGGUGGGGCUUGCGGUGGUGAACGGGCAGUUGAUGGCAGUAGGAGGCUUUGAUGGGACGACAUAUUUAAAAACUAUAGAAGUGUAUGAUCCAGAUGCAAAUACUUGGAGGUUAUAUGGAGGAAUGAACUAUCGGCGUCUCGGCGGCGGUGUGGGCGUGAUCAAAAUGACUCACUGUGAAUCUCACAUCUGGUAA